AUGGAGUACCUGCUUUCCAGAAUGAGCACACUUCCCUGGAUAAUGACUGCAGAGCAAUUUGUUCAAUACACCGAAAAGCUGCUGGAAGAAAAUGAAAGUGCCAAAAAAGCUGAUUCUGCUCCUUCGUCUCAAUCGAAUGCUGCAUCUUUUGGAGCGGUCAACCCACUGAUCUUCAACUUUCCCAGUUCAGUUGGUCUACCUCAAAGUUCAACGACAUCACUUCCUGGAGUUCCUGUGAACUCACCAAUCCCUGCGUCUCUUCCAAUUGUUCCCCUGAACCUACCGGUCGCCGCUGCGCUUCCAUCAUUGCCGACGCCACCUGUCAACUAUUCAUUUCUUCUGGAAGCAAUGGAGUACUGCAACACCCGUCCGGUCUACCUAGACCAAAAAAUUAAAGACUUCGGGUGUCUUUUCAACCAACUGAAGCCCGAAAUCCCUCAACACGUCUCAAAGCCACGGAACCCUCCCUCCCUAUUUGUUGACUGGUAUGUCACGGCAGGAAAAGGAGAUUGUCAUGAUGCGGUUCAUAAAUGGAGAAAGGGGAAAAGGGAUCAACAUGGAAUUCUUCACGCAGAAUGGACACUGCGCUACAAAAUGCUCCAAGUCGAGCAAGAUGACCAAGUGAAGCUGGGAUACAUCAUUGUUAGCAAAUGA